CGCUCGAAAGUUCAACAAUUCGAAAGUCCGUAAAUUUCUUCCUCGCCCCAAGCAUGAAAAUUUCGUGAGACCAAAGCGAGCUCUCCCGAAUGAUAUCGCUCUGAUGUGAGAUUGACGGGCAUCACGGAGUUGACGAGGAAUCGGCGCGGAGUUCCUUACGAUUCGGAAAUACGUAUUGCGCCCCGACACUGAAAGUGCAAGCCGGCAUUUCCCCCUAGAGGAAGAGUCCUGAGCUCGCGAAUAUAUUUGGAUCUAUUUGUAUAUCAUGUCGAACAACAAGAAGCUCAUCUAUGUGGGAGGCUUGGCUGAGGAGGUUGAUGAGAACGUGCUCAGAGCCGCGUUCAACCCUUUUGGUGACAUCAAUGGUAUUCAGAUUCCGUUGGACUAUGCCGAAAAACAUCGAGGUUUCGCGUUCAUCGAGUUCGAGCUGGCCGAGGACGCUGCGGCUGCGAUGGACAACAUGAACGACGGAGAACUCUUCGGAAGAACAAUUCGCGUCAACCUGGCAAAACCUAUGGCGAUCAAGGACGGCUCCUCGAGACCGGUCUGGAGCGAUGAUCAGUGGCUGUCGAAACACGCGGGUAGCAGCGUUAGAAGUGCCGAAGCCGGCCAGGAGACAGCGGCGUCCGUCGAGAAUGGAUCCAGUAAGGAAGUCACUAUUGAACAGGCAACUGCCGCCCAGGAGAAAGAGAGCGCGGAAAUCGUUCAGGUGUACUUUGACAUUGCCAUCGGCGGUCAGAGUGCCGGACGCAUCCGAAUGUCUUUACGGAAGGAUAUCGUCCCGAAGACUGUGGAGAAUUUCCGGGCCUUGUGCACGCAUGAGAAAGGAUAUGGAUAUAAAAACUCUAUUUUCCACCGUAUCAUACCAGGUUUUAUGUGUCAAGGCGGAGAUUUCACCAAUAAGAACGGUACCGGCGGUCGAUCAAUUUACGGCGGUAAAUUCAAUGACGAGAAUUUCGUCCUCAAGCACACGGGACCCGGAAUAUUGUCUAUGGCGAACUCUGGGCGGAACACCAAUGGAUCUCAGUUUUUCAUGACGACUGCUCGUACUGAAUGGCUGGACGACAAGCACGUCGUUUUCGGACAGGUCACAGCUGGUUUGGAAAUUCUCAAAAAAAUGGAGGCAUGUGGAACAACAUCUGGUCAACCGAAGACGACUGUACAAAUCGUUAAUUGCGGCGAACUUGUUUAAUUCAGGAAAUCUUUUAUUAUAAUUAUUAUUUCAUAAUAAAAUGGGGACUUGAUCGCGCAUGAC